AUGUCUGAUGCAAGUGAGGAUUUCAAGUUCACUUUAAAAGUGAUGAUCGACAAGAAGAAAAAGAAGGUUCUCUUUGCAGAAUCCGACCGCCAAUUUGUGGACAUUCUGCUGAGCUUCUUGAGUAUGCCUAUGGGAAGAAUUCUCAAAGCCCUUAACGACCACUUCGGCCAGAAGGCGCCCGCCAUUGGAGGCCUAACCAAUUUGUACCGCAGCUUAGCAUGCGCUGACAACGCUGACUUCGUGUCAAACGAUGCCAAGAAGAUCCUGCUAAAUCCAAGAAGUCCAUUUGAAGUUGAAUGCGGAAUGCUAAAGCCGAGCCUCAUUGAUUUUCAGCCUACUAAAUAUUUUCACUGUCGCGGCUGCAAUCUUGGGACUCAUAGUGUGAGCAUCUACUAUGACAAAGUUGUUUGCCAAUACAGUCAUAUUCAUACUCAUACAACUACAGCAACGGACGAACCUAAAAAAGUGCCUAAAGCUGCUUCUGAAGGAGUUUUCGCCGCGGAUAGGGCUUCUUUCAUCAUCUCUGAUGAUCUCAAGAUAUUUCCCAGUGUUUUAGGUAUCUUUCAAAUCACCAGCCUUCUUGGAAUUACAAACAUGGACGAGGCUGAGUCGAUUGAGGUGAAGAUCGGGUUCAACGAGAUCUUGAGUUUGCUGAAGGUGUCCUUCAUCUCCCCAACUCCAUUGUCGGACUUCGUGCUAGACAAAACAAGUUUGGCUCGUGCUCCCGAGCCAAAGACAUUGGUUGAUCAUAGUGCAUUUCAAGAAAAGAUAGGGUCUAAGAAGAUUGUCAUGAAAGUGGUGGUGCAAAAAUCUAAACAUAAGUUAUUGUAUGCUAUAGCUGAGGAUGAUUUUGUUGAGUUUCUCUUCAGUUUGUUCGUGAUCCCACUAGGAGGAGUUGAGCAUCUUCUGGCUGGAGAGACUUGUAUUAAGGCUAUAGAUAACUUGCAACGGAGCAUUGCUGAUCUGGCCGAGAAGUAUUUUAAGAGUCCGGAUAUGAAAAAGAGACUGAUGAAACCUAGUCUUGUUCAUGGAUGUGUUUCCGGAAACUACAUCCUUCCCCUUGAUCAAGAAGAAUGCAUGAAGAAUGAUGUGCUUAAAAUGUUUAGAUUUUCUUCCCUUGCGUUUCCGAAAGGGCAGGGUAGAUAUCUUUCGGGACCAAUAGGGUAUAUGGUGAUGGAUGAUUUGACUGUGAGUCCUUUUGGCAUUCAUUCGACCAUUUCGUUUCUACGGGAGAAGAAUAUCGCUAUGUCUGAUGUUGAAGAAGUAGAGGUGCAAGUCGGAUUGAAAGAGGGUUUGAGCAUACUGAAAGCGUCUCUUACGUCCACGUCUGUUCUCACCGAUGCUCUGCUCAGUUCCGUGCCGGUCGAACAACCAAAGAAAAAGCCUAAACUUGAAAGUACUGAUAGCUGUUGA